AUGUCAGGUAUCGAUAACCCGGAGUACAAGCGGGGCAUGGAGGAUGCAAAACGUCACCGUUCCCGCACAGAGGAUAACUGGGUGCGUUCGAGUGUUGGACCGAUUCUUUGGUUUGGUCUGCCUUUUGCAAUUGCAUGGGUGUACUUGCGGCGCCAAGCGCCUGCCGGCGCCACAGCGAACCCGUUUGAAGGCAUGUUGGAACAACUGAUGCCCAUUAAAAAGCGCCAGUUCCGCGUCGAUGUCAAAGGCACCAAGUUUGGCGAUGUGAUUGGCAUUCCUGAGGCAAAAAUGGAAGUGCAGCAGUACGUUGAAUUUUUGACACAACCGAACAAGUUUACGCGACUCGGCGCUCGGCUACCAAAAGGAUGUUUGCUCACCGGUGAGCCUGGAACAGGGAAGACGCUCCUGGCCAAAGCUGUGGCUGGGGAGGCGAAUGUGCCCUUCUUUAGCUGCAGCGGAUCCGACUUUAUUGAGCUGAUGGGAGGUAGUGGACCCAAGCGCGUGCGUGAGUUAUUUGAGGAGGCGCGAAACUCGGCGCCAGCCAUCGUAUUUAUUGAUGAAAUUGACGCUAUUGGUUCCCGGGCGGGGAAACAGGGUGGCGCCGUGAGCAGUGAAGAGAAUCGAACGAUCAACCAGCUUUUGGCGGAGCUGGAUGGACUGAGUACAGGCACUGAUGCCAUCAUUGUGAUGGCUGCAACUAACUUUCAGGACAACAUUGAUAAAGCGCUCUUGCGCGAGGGGCGUUUUGACCGGAAGGUAAACAUUGAGAUGCCGGACAAGGCGGCACGCGUGGAGAUCUUUAAGCAUUAUUUGGAUCGUGUAGGAACCGGUGAUCCCCGUGGGCGGAGGGUGGACGAAGAGGGUGAAUCUCUACCAUUAAACGAGAAAAUGGACAAUCUUGAGCUGGCAAGGGAGUUGGCCGACCUGACUCCUGGCAUUUCACCUGCGACGAUUGCGACGAUUGUAAAUGAGGCGGCCCUGCAAAGUGGCAUUCACGAGAAGAGGCUUGUGGAUAAGGAAUCCAUGCUUGAGGCGAUAGACAAUACACUUGUAGGCCGCAAGCAUCGCAAUCGACGGAGUUCACUGUCUUUGCGACGGACCGCUAUUCAUGAAGCAGGCCACGCGAUAACCGCAUGGAUGCUUCCUUCCGUGAAGGGGGUGUUAAAGAUCAGCGUUGUGCCUCGUGGUAACGCCAUGGGAUACACUCAACGCGCAGGUGCCGAGCACCACGAAUAUCAGACGAACGCCACCCUCUUGGCAGACAUGGUCGUCAUGCUCGGCGGGCGCGCCGCCGAAGAGACGCUAUUGAGGGAUCAGUCUGCCGGAGCCAUGGACGACCUUCAGCGUGCGACAGAUCUUGCACUUAAGCAAAUGAUGGCCUUUGGCAUGGAUGCUAAGGCUGGCUUGCUGUCAUACCACCCAGAGUCCACGCAGGCAGGUCGCAUUUUUGUGAGUUUCUCGAACAAGGCUCAAAACAUUGCAGAGGAAGAAGCUAAAAAGCUUGUCGCUCUCGCUCAUCAGAUUGCUGUGGAGAUUAUCAAGGCAAAUAAAACCAAGAUAGAGGCGGUGGUAGCCGAGCUCAUUGACAAGAAGGAACUAUUGGCGGCGGACUUAGAGCGUUUAUUAGGACAACGUCCUUUGUCGCCUACGGUAGAUGAGCUUGUGGGAAAGCUGAUGAGAUUGCAGGAGACGCAGGAACAUGAAGGAGAAAAAACGCAAACAAACAUGUAG